CGAGAUCGAAUCAUAUUUGUUUCUAAUGCGUUUUGUUUUUUAUAUGUCCAGUGUAUAAAUUAAUUAACUCACACUUAACCCUGACACAGUGUGACCAGCUGUUUAAAGUCUUCUCUAGCACGUGCGCGGUAAACGGACGCGGCAAUUGGUGCAAAUCCGUCUUCAAUCCAUUGAGAGUCCACCAUGAAGGGUAAUUUCCAGCCAUUAAAUGUGAGACGUUUCCAACAAAAGGCCCAGGUGGAGACGCCUGACACCAUUUAUUGGGACCGACUGGCGAAACCGGAACUUCUCAAAGAACACAGUACCAUUGACUAUGUUGACUUCAGUCCCAGCGAUCCGGAUAACUUCGUACUGACCUGCUCUGUUCGCGUACAGAUCUAUAAUCUGGUCACUAAGCUGGUAGUAAAGAAUCUUUCGCGAUUCCAAAAGACUGCAUUCGGUGCCACAUUCCGGCAGGACGGACGUUUGCUGGCCGCCGGUGAUGAAGAGGGUCAUGUCAAGCUCUUUGACACCACCAGCCGGAACAUUUUACGUUUAUUCAAGGGCCACAAAGCACCAGUGCAUCGAACCUACUUUACGGCGGACAAACUGCAGUUGGCGAGCUUUUCCGAUGACAAAACGGUGCGUCUGUGGGAUGUGGCCAACGAAAAGGUGGUGCAAACAUAUGAAGAUGCCCACACGGACUACAUACGAGCAGGCUCCAUGCAUCCCCAAUCCUCUCAUAUGUUUGUGUCCGGUGGCUACGAUGGCAAAAUUCAUUUAUACGACACACGCUCCGAAACGGCCGUUCAACGUACCCUAGAUCAUGGCAGUCCGGUGGAGUCCAUGUUGUUCCUGCCCAGCGGCUCCAUAUUCAUUAGUGCCGGCGGCACUCAAGUCCGCGUCUGGGAUUUAAUCAGCGGUUGCCGGUUGCUUACGAUGAUGUCGCAGCAUCACAAGACAGUUACCUGUCUUCGCUUGGGCUCCGAUGGCAGACGUCUCUUCUCCGGUGGCUUGGACCGGCAUGUGAAAAUCUAUGAUGUGAGCACUUACAAAACCGUCCACACCCUUACGUAUCCCAAUGCUGUAGUCAGUCUGGGUGUGGCGCCCAAAGAUCAGGCAGUGGUUGCCGGCAUGGUGGAUGGACUCGUGUCGAUACGUCGCAUGAUUGUCGACAGCAAACCAAGUCACUUGAGGAAAAUCCGCUUGACCCACAAGCAACGCCAGAAGAAAAUGGAACUCGACAGGCUUAAAGUGCCCGCUCACAUAGCUAAGAAAGCCGAUCACAUUGUCACGGAGCGGAAACUGCAAAAGUAUCAGCCCUUCGAUGUCCAUUUGCGUAAAUUCAAUUACAAAAAGGCCUUGGACGCGGCCAUGGUGCCAGUAAAUAUAAGCCAAAAUCCCGAAAUAGUUGUAGCCCUCAUAACAGAGUUACUGCAUCGACGGGGCCUGGACAUUGCGCUAACCGAUCGCUCCGAUGCGGUGCUAAUCCAAUUCAUCGACUUUCUCUGCAACCAUCUGGGUGAGACGCGCUUUAUGCGGCCCCUGAUGAAUGCCGCCAGCACCGUUCUGGACGUAUUUGAACGCAAAAUGGUGGCUUAUAGCCGCCAUCUAAUGGAGGCACUGGAAAGACUGGCUGCGGCGAUGCAUGCAGAGAUUCAGCUAACCACCGAACUUCUUCAGAUAAAGGGCGCCAUGGAAAUGCUAAUUGGUGCCUCUCUCGAGAGCGUCGAGUCGAGAACGCCAAAGGUGAAUCAUCAAGAGUCGCGAACGUCGCGAAUGCAACCAUCUAAGGAGGCCGAGAAAUAUGUCGUAUUCGUGGAGUGACACCAGAGGGAUAGAGAUAGCAUCUAUUUGAUGGAUAAGUUUUAGCCUAAUUAUGUAAAAAGUGACAUUUACCUUUUUUUUUACUGUCUUAAGAUAACUUUGUUUAUGUUUAAAAUAAAUGCAAAUACGUGAAUUAAGCCAAAAUAUUAA